AUGGCCUCCAACCGGCGCGGCGUGGGCCUCAGCGCCUUCUCCAAUGCCGCCAUCUCCUCCGACAAGUAUGCCGCACAUGGUGCUGCCCUCCGCUCCAACCAUGCCGACGCCCUCGCCAACCAGCUCGCUGUCUUCCAAGCCGCCCUUCAUAACUUCUCCCUGACCCAUGCCAAGGACAUUCGCAGCAAUCCCACCUUUCGUGCUGAGUUCGCGCGGAUGUGUCAUGCUAUUGGUGUUGACCCGCUGGCUGGUAGCAAUACCAAGGCACGCGAGGCAAGCGGCAAGGGCGGCAGCGUCUGGGCGAAAAUGCUAGGCACGAGCGUGAACGACUUCUACUUCGAGCUCGGUGUAAGGCUGGUGGAAGUAUGUCGUGAGAGUCGAGGAGAGAACGGGGGCAUGAUUGCUCUUUCCGAGGCAAGGAAGAGAAUUGCUUCGGGGAGAGGUCUUGUUGGUGGUGGCAUUGAUGUCACCGACGACGAUGUGCAAAGGGCAUUGGAAUCUCUGGAGCCUCUGGGUGGACAAUUCAAGAUUGUCCAGCUGGGAAGCAUCAAGUAUAUCCGCAGCGUGCCCAAAGAGCUGAAUCCUGAUCAGUCAACAGUGCUGGAAGUCAUCCAAGUCAUGGGAUUCAUCACCGUAUCUAUGCUGCAAGCGAACUUGGACUGGGAAGGCGCCCGGGCUAUGGCAGUCAUUGAUGACCUUGUCGCUGAUAGUCUGGUUUGGGUGGACGAUCAAGCUGAGGAGACCGAGUACUGGAGUCCUGCUAGCAUGCACGAAGGCUGA